UGGCACAGUGGGACUGUCUCAAAUUUGUUUGGAACUUUGUUGUUAACGGUUGUCCGCACGCACGCUCGCCGCCGGAUCGCGUUCGUUCGCUCGGUAGCCGCUAAGUAAAAGAUACAAGAUACAAGAUAUAAAUCAGCCAGAACGGUUUCCAAUAAAAAAUGUUUAAAAUGUUGCAUCCGAAUUAAAUAGUGUCUAAACCGCCUGUAUACACGCACACACACGCCUCUAUUUAUAAGAAAUUGUUAGAAAGCCCCACAAUUAUAAUACCCUGUUCCCUCGCCGACAACAUCGACAACAAAACAAGUGCAAUUCAUCGCAGAAAUGAAAUAAAGUGCAAACGCCUUGUAGCUGAACCAGAGAUUUAUGAAGAAAAGUACACACGUAUGUACGAAGUGAAAACGAAUCGGCGGAGAAAUAAUUCUUUAAAUAACGUAAAUCGAGAGCAUAUAUUCAUAUUUGUACAGAAAUUAUAUAGCCGCUGCACAGUGCAAAACAGUGAAAAUAGAAGCGGGUCUCUAAACAACUCGCUCCACGUUUGACGCUCGACGCUCGACGCUGGACGGUGAAAGCAGAACACUCGCGACGGGAAGGGAAGACGGACGAGAGCAAACAUCAACAAAGCAGCUACGUAAUCAGCGACAGAGACGGCAGACGAGGACGGACAAUCAGACAUUUGUCUAGCCGUGGUCUGUGGCAUGCCCCUCGAACAUCCUGUUGGGGAGCAUCUCAGUAAAAACCUCCAAAGUGCAGUUGCAUAGUGACCGUUCAGUGCUUAACUAGUUGCAUGUACUAACAAGUAAAAGUGUCUCGUGCACCUGGAUAGUCGCCCCCUUCCGAACACAGUCAGCCCAUGGAUACUUGUGGAUUAGUAGCAGAACUGGCGCAGUACAUAGACGCGUAUGCUCCCGAGUGCCCCGCGUGCUGAAUGAGGAGGAAGGCGAGCCCGGGCGAAAAUGCAUUUUGAACGCAAGCAAGUGCGAAAAAAAUAACAGAGAAGCAAGCACCCAGUUCCACGGGAACUAAGCCACACCAAGACACCAGAAGAAGAAUCUCGGAGCAGAUUCUCCACGAGCUCCACGAAGCAUCUUACUGACCUUAAGACCAACUGCCAGGGACGAGCGAUUGUCCCCAGCCGACUCACACCGGAACCACAAACGGCCCCAAAACGGCGACCAUCGGCUACCAGAGGAUGAAGCGGCGCUGGUCGAACAACGGCGGUUUCAUGCGCCUGCCGGAGGAGUCCUCAUCAGAGGUGACCUCCUCCUCGAACGGCCUCGUCCUGCCCUCGGGUGUGAACAUGUCGCCAUCCUCGCUGGACUCGCACGACUACUGCGACCAGGAGCUCUGGCUCUGCGGCAACGACUCCGGCCCGUACGGCAGCUCCAACGGCGGAGUCCUCAACCAGCAGCAGCAGCAGCAGAGCGUCAUCACGCUGGCCAUGCACAGCUGCUCCAGCACCCUGCCCGCCCAGACCACCAUCAUCCCCAUCAACGGCAGCAUCGGGGGCAACGGGGUCGGAGGCGCUACCAACGGCUCCAACGGCCAUUACGUGCCCGGGGCCACCAGCCUCGGUGCCCUGGCCAACGGACACGGGCUGGUCAACGGGAUCGGUGCGAUGCAGCAGCAGAUGCAGAACGGCCACGGACUCAUCAACUCCACUACGCCCACCACCCCCUCCGCCCAGCACCACCUGCAGCAGAACGGGCUGGGUGGCGGCGUCGGGGCCAUGGGUCUGCACUCCGCUAACGGCGGCUCGAACGGCCUCAUGGGAGGCGCGACUGUCGGAGGGGGCGGAGUGGGCGGCCUGGGCCUGGGGAUGCAGCACACGCCGCGCAGCGACUCGGCCAAUUCCAUUUCAUCAGGUCGCGAUGAUCUCUCGCCCUCGAGCAGCCUCAACGGGUACUCCGCUAACGAGAGCUGCGAUACGAAGAAGAUCAAGAAGGGCCCGGCGCCGCGGGUCCAGGAGGAGCUGUGCCUGGUCUGCGGGGACCGGGCCUCCGGCUACCACUACAAUGCACUGACCUGCGAGGGCUGCAAGGGCUUCUUCCGGCGGAGCGUCACCAAGAGCGCCGUAUACUGCUGCAAGUUUGGACGUGCCUGCGAAAUGGACAUGUACAUGCGGCGCAAGUGCCAGGAGUGUCGCCUUAAGAAGUGCCUGGCCGUGGGCAUGAGGCCGGAGUGUGUCGUCCCGGAGAACCAGUGCGCCAUGAAGCGGCGCGAGAAGAAAGCCCAGAAGGAGAAGGACAAGAUGACCACGUCGCCCAGCUCGCAGCAUGGCGGCAAUGGCGGUGGCUUGGGCGGCACCCACGACAUUGUGAAGAAGGAGAUCCUCGAUCUGAUGAUCUGCGAGGCGCCGCAGCACGCCACAAUUCCGCUACUACCUGAUGAUAUUUUGGCCAAGUGUCAAGCGCGCAAUAUACCUCCGCUAACGUACAAUCAGUUGGCUGUUAUAUACAAACUAAUUUGGUACCAGGACGGCUACGAGCAGCCGUCCGAAGAGGAUCUCAAGCGUAUAAUGAGUCAACCCGAUGAGAACGAGAGCCAGACGGACGUCAGUUUUCGACACAUCACCGAGAUAACCAUUCUCACAGUUCAGUUGAUUGUGGAAUUUGCAAAAGGUUUACCAGCGUUUACAAAAAUACCCCAGGAGGAUCAGAUAACGUUACUGAAGGCCUGCUCGUCCGAGGUGAUGAUGUUGCGAAUGGCCCGCAGAUACGACCACAACUCAGACUCCAUUUUCUUCGCGAACAACCGAUCCUACACACGGGACUCGUACAAAAUGGCCGGAAUGGCUGACAACAUUGAAGACCUUCUGCAUUUCUGCCGACAAAUGUUCUCGAUGAAGGUGGACAACGUCGAGUACGCUCUACUCACUGCCAUUGUGAUCUUUUCGGACCGGCCGGGCUUGGAGAAGGCUAAACUAGUCGAAGAGAUCCAAAGCUACUACAUCGACACGCUACGCAUUUAUAUACUCAACCGCCACUGCGGCGACUCCAUGAGCCUCGUCUUCUACGCCAAGCUGCUGUCCAUCCUCACCGAGCUGCGCACGCUGGGCAACCAGAACGCCGAGAUGUGCUUCUCUCUGAAGCUCAAGAACCGCAAGCUCCCCAAGUUCCUUGAGGAAAUCUGGGACGUGCACGCCAUUCCGCCCUCGGUCCAGUCGCAUCUGCAGGUCACCCAGGAGGAGAACGAGCGUCUGGAGCGGGCCGAACGCAUGCGGGCCUCCGUCGGCGGCGCUAUUACCUCAGGCAUAGACUCCGAGUCCGCUUCCACCUCGGCGGCGGCAGCGGCUCAGCACCAGCCCCAGCCCCAGACCCAGUCCCAGUCACAGCCGCAACCGCAGCAGCAGCCGCAGCACCAGCACCAGCAGCCGCAACUCCCACCUCAGCUCCAGCCGCAGCAUCUUCCUGUCUCCGUUUCCGUUCCAAUGCCCGCAUCCGUUACGGGUUCCGUGUCGGCGGUUAGUACGAGCAGCGACUACAUCGGGGGCGGUGGCGCCUUGGGGCCGACGACUGCCGCCGCCACCUCUUCAACCAGCAUCACUGCCGCCGUGCCCGCCAGCUCGACCACGCCAGGCGUGGCCAUGGGCAACGGGGUAGGAGUGGGCAUGGGUGUGGGCGGGAACGUCAGCAUGUACGCCAACGCCCAGACGGCGAUGGCGUUGAUGGGCGUGGCUCUGCAUCCUCACCAGGAGCAGCUCAUCGGUGGAGUGUCUGUCAAGUCGGAGCACUCGACGACGGCAUAGCAGACGCAGCAGCAGCAGCACCACCACCAUCAGGAGAACCUCGGUGUCCUGCUUGACUAGAAAAGGCAGCUAAACCCACACACUCCCCAUCUUCCUCUCCCGACUCAGCUCGAGGAGGGCGAGGAACGCGAAUUAUUAAUGAUGGACAAGCGUAAAAUGCAGUUAUUUAGUCUUAAGCCUGCAAAUAUUAGAGUUUAGGCAUUAUUCAUUUGACUAAACAUUAAAAGUACUAUUACUAUUAUACGGAGGAAGCUUAUUCGAAACAAGCUUAAAAACAAUUGACAAACACAUUGAGAGAGUUGGAGAAAUAGAGAUGGAGAGAGUGAGACAAGUAUAUGGAGAACAAAUGAAAAUCAAUUGAAAUAAUAGAAUCCAUUUUUUGUGGGCCAUGCACGGAGGUGUGCGGCGCACAAUCAGUUCUCGAAUUUGGUUUUUCAAGUUGAUUCUCCAAGUGCAUGCAGAACAGAUCCGGAUGCCGGAUUCCGAAUUCCGGAUUCGGGAUUCCGCAGGGGAAAAGCAGAGCGACAACAGAGAGAAGAGAAUAAAGAUUGUUUAUAUAUAAAAUAUAUAAAUUUACAUUAAAUUACUAAACAUAAACUUAAUGAAAGCAACUGUAUAAUAUUUAAUCGUAACCCCUAACUCUUACCAUAAAGAAACGAGUAAAUCUGUUAAAUAAGCAUAAUAACUAAAUACCCAUUUAAGUUAAUUCAAACAACAAACUCUAAAAAAACACGCAAAACUUGGACUGAUUUUAUAAAUAUUUUUUAUUAAUAACGAAGGCAAACUGUAAAAAUAUUGCAAAAGUGAAUGAAAGCAAAUAAGAGAAUAUAUUCAUAUUUUUAUUGUGCCCUCCUUAUAUUUUUAAAAAUGAAUUAGAAUUUAAAUUCUAAGAUUCUGAUGAUUUCCACCCAAAAAAAUGUUUGCAAACAAAAUCCAAGAUUCUUUAGAAAUUGGCAUCGUUUUCUAGGCAUUUUUUAACAAAAUUUUUAUAUUGAAAAAUUAAUGAAAUUAAAGUGAUUGGAGUUUUACUCAAAACCAAAAGGCAUCAAAGGUAUUAAGUCUUAAACGAAACAAAAUUGUAAUUCAAUCUUUUACUGGUUAUGUUCAAUCACUCUUGCAACAUGCACACCCACAGUUCACCAAAAAGACUUCAAUAUUUAUUAUACGAACUACAUUGGUAUUUCAAAAUUCGAAAUCAAAAUUUAUUUUAUAGAAACCACACAAACGUGCAACUCGGUUUACUUUGGCAAUGUAAAAUGUAAUGCAAUUUAUUUUCAAACAUUUUUAAGAUCUACUCUUUAGUUUUGAACUGUACAUUUUUUAAUUGUUGGCCUUAUUUUAACUUAAAUCAAAUUUAUUCUAAUUUUAGUAAAAUUUUUGUUUGCAAACGGAUACAAGAAAAACUUGUAAAAUAGUAACACGCUGAAAAGUGAAACUCUUUUAUUGUUUAGAAGUGUAGAAAAUAAUACAUACAUUUUAGCUUUCUAAA